AUGACUUCUCCCACCAAAAAAGCCGCUCAGCCCCAGCACGCUGCAACCUCUGACCCGUGGAACUCAUCUUCAACCGGCCAUCAACGGUCCGAGUCACGUCCUGGCACUGGCUGGCGUGAGUCCCGCAACCGGAAGCUCAACAGCCAGUUUCGCAGCGGUUCAUCAGGCGGCGAACGUCUCAGUGACACAUAUGGCGCUGGGUCGGAGGACUAUGGUGAGGAGCGCAAGGUGCUUGUCCCAAAGGUAGAAAAAGAGAGAGCGCAGCGGAGCGUGAGGGAUAUGCUUGUCCCGCCGGGCAACAUGCGGGAGAGUUUGGGCUUGAAGGAUGUUAUUCAGGGACGAGGUGAGGAGGCACUCAUGGAAGCAAGACGGAAGGAAGACGAAGCGCGGGAGGCAGCGCUUUCGAAGAAGGGCAUAUUUGACGGAGCUGUCAUCUAUGCCAACGGGAGUACAUUUCCUCUCAUAUCAGAUCUCAAGCUGAAGCAGAUCGUCACCGAGCACGGAGGCCAAGUGUCACUGCACCUGGGAUGUCGGAAAGUCACACACGUUAUCCUUGGGAAGCCAGCCGGAGCACAUGUAGGCGCUGGAGGAGGUCUCGCUGGAGGAAAACUGGAAAAGGAGAUACGCCGAACUGCUGGGUGCGCAGUUAAAUUUGUUGGCGCUGAAUGGAUCUUGGAAAGCCUUAAAGCUGGAAAGAGGCUUCCUGAGGCACGAUUUUUGAAUACCAAGAUAGCGCCCAAGGCACAAGGGAGUGUCUAUAGCCUCUUCUCGAAGCAAUCGAGUGGACAGUCGUCCAAGGAGUGA